UUACAGUGCGAAAGUUCAUCUCGGUUAUAAAGCAGAAGUUUCACAGCGUUACGCGUUAACGCACGUUAUUAAAAGUGGUGCAAAUUGCAGGAAAGUAGAUAAUCGGUCGUGCAUGUAAAGAGCAGCGUAGGUUUAUUUCAUGAAGAUGAGUUUAAUCUGUGAAUUGAGGCCAUGUGUGGCGUUCAUGCGGCGUCAUCUGUUCGGGGUGAGUGGGAAUGGGAUCGGGAAUGGGAAUGUGAUCGGGAAUGUGAAAGCCACCCCGAAGAGAUUGAUGUCCGGCAAAACAUACAAUGUUCCUCCGAGCAGUGAGUUUGUCGCGCGUGUGUCCGGAAUCGCCACCAUGGCCAAGUUACCGUAUCAGGACACAGCUGAGGGUCUGGAUGCAGCUUUCAUCGGAGUUCCCAUUGACACCGGGACCUCUAACCGACCCGGAACUAGGUUCGGCCCUCGGCAAAUCAGAGCCGAAUCGGUCAUGCUCAGGUCCUACUCUGCUACAGGAGCUGCGCCCUGGGAGUCCAUGAUGGUGGCGGAUAUCGGCGACGUCAACGUGAACCUAUAUGACCUAAAGGACGCCUGCAAGAGGAUUCGUGAGACGUAUCGCAAAGUGGUGGCUACUGGCUGCAUACCGCUUACGCUGGGGGGAGAUCACACGAUUGCGUACCCGAUUCUCCAGGCUGUGGCAGAAAGACACGGACCGGUGGGUCUGAUUCAUGUGGACGCUCAUGCUGACACGGGCGACGUGACCCUGGGGUCGAAGAUCACUCACGGCACACCGUUCAGACGCUGUGUGGAGGAAGGGCUGCUCGACUGUAAACGCGUGGUUCAGAUCGGCCUCCGAGGAACCGGUUAUACACCUGAUGCCUACUCCUGGAGCAGAGAACAGGGUUUCCGGGUGGUCCGGGCGGAGGAGUGUUGGUACAAAUCUCUAGUGCCACUCAUGACCGAGGUUCGGGCUCAGAUGGGUAAAGGGCCCGUGUACCUCAGCUUCGAUAUCGAUGCUUUAGAUCCUGCCUACGCCCCUGGCACUGGAACACCCGAGAUCGCCGGCCUCACACCUAUGCAGGGACUGGAGAUCAUUCGUGGCUGCAGAGGGUUGAAUCUUGUCGGUUGUGACUUGGUGGAAGUUUCCCCACCGUACGACACUACAGGAAACACUGCACUGACUGCAGCCAACCUGCUUUUCGAAAUGCUUUGCGUCCUUCCCAAGACAAAACACUACUAAUUAAAAUGAAACAUUUUAAAUUAAAGCGGAAACUCUUUCUAAACA